CACACUGCGUUUUUAUUCUUAUUUAUUAUAAUCUCUCCCACUUCUUCUUCUUCUUCUUCUUUUCCUCUUCAUCUCUCUGAUCCGUCUCAAAUUUCUUUCUUUUUGUUCUUCUUUCUGCAAUCCCAAGCCCAGAAAAAAAAAACCCUUUUCUUUCUUCAAUUUGGGUUCUGUUUCAGAAUAAAUUUUCUGUAAUUCUCGGAGUUCUCUGACUGGGAAGAGUUUUCAUGUAGGAAAAAAGAAGAAGUAACAACGGAAGCCAUGUAUUUCUUCAACAAGAUACUAGUUGCCAGUUUUCUUGUGUCUUGUUUGUCUUGUUUCUUGUUAGCAGCAGGUAGUAGUAGAUUUCAUGUCUCUGCUUCUUCAGUUCAAUCUAAUGAAUCAACACUAGCUGGGAUUGAAUUCCCAAAUCACCCAAGUUUCAGUACAGGUAGUAGUUCAGAUUGUGAUGAUUUUCAAAUCCCAAUUCCUGAAUCAUCAAAUCUCAAUAAACCACUAGUAAAGCUUCCUCUUAGACAUAGAAGAUCAGUAGCAGAAACCCAGAUGGGGAAAAAGGAUUCUGUUAUUCAUUCCACAAUUAGAGACCUUUCCAGAAUUCAAACUCUUCAUACAAGAAUUUCUGAAAAGAAGAAUCAGAAUAGAAAUUCAAGAUUAGAAAAGAAAGAACACCACCACCACCACCACCACCACCACCAUCAGCAGCAGGAACAAGAGGUAUUAAAUUCAACAGCAGCAGCACCAAAUUAUCAACAACUAACUGCAACACUUGAAUCAGGAGUAAGUUUGGGUUCAGGUGAAUAUUUCAUGGAUGUUUAUAUAGGAACUCCACCAAAACACUACUCAUUGAUUCUUGAUACUGGUAGUGAUCUCAAUUGGAUUCAAUGCACACCUUGUCAUGAUUGUUUCGAGCAAAACGGUCCUCAUUAUAAUCCAUACGAAUCAAAAUCUUACAGAAAUAUCAGUUGUCAUGAUCCAAGAUGUAAUCUCGUUUCAUCACCAGAUCCUCCACAAACUUGUGAUUCCGGCAGCAGCAACCAGACAUGUCCUUAUUACUACUGGUACGGCGACAAUUCCAAUACCACUGGAGAUUUCUCACUGGAAACCUUCACAGUAAAUGUAACAACACCAACUGGAGCAUCAGAAUUCAAAGCAGCUGAGAAUGUGAUGUUUGGUUGCGGGCAUUGGAAUAGAGGUUUAUUCCAUGGAGCUUCUGGAUUAUUAGGCCUAGGCCGAGGACCUUUAUCGUUCUCUUCGCAGCUUCAAUCGGUUUACGGACACACAUUUUCUUAUUGUCUUGUUGAUAGAAACAGCGAUUUGAGUGUUAGCAGUAAACUGAUUUUUGGUGAAGAUCCAAGUCUUUUGAGCCAUCCCAGUCUGAAUUACACUACAUUGGUUUCAGCAACAAGAAAUGACAAAGAAGCUUCUUCUGUCGAUACAUUUUACUACGUCGAAAUCAAAGGCAUCAGGGUUGGAGAUGAAGUGCUUGAAAUUCCAGCAGGAACAUGGGAAUUGUCAGAACAAGGGGCCGGCGGAACGAUAAUCGAUUCGGGCACUACUCUUAGUUACUUUGCUGAUCCUGCAUAUGAGAUGAUAAGGAAGGCAUUUGUGAAGCAGAUUAAGGAGUAUCCAUUGGUGAAGGAUUUCCCUGUACUGGCUCCUUGUUAUAAUGUUUCUGGUGUGAACAGGAUUGAAUUGCCUGAAUUUGCUAUUCUUUUCAAAGAUGGAGCAGUGUGGGAUUUCCCCGUGGAGAAUUACUUCAUUCGACUUGAUCCUGAGGAAAUUGUGUGUCUUGCAAUCUUGGGUACUCCUAGAUCGUCUCUUUCGAUAUUGGGUAACUAUCAACAACAAAACUUUCAUAUUUUGUAUGACACUAAGAAAUCUAGAUUAGGCUUUGCACCAAUGAAAUGUGCUGAUGUUUAAACAUUCAAGAGGAGGGAGGUGCAGCUUUGAUAAUAAGAACAACUCCAUGUACAGAAUACUUCAACUAGUCCAGACGAGAUCCUUCUCUAAAGAGAAGUGACACAAAGAGGAUUUAUGACAAUAGAUUCGUUAUUUAUUUUUUUCUUUCGUUGUUCGAUUUUUAUGUAAUUUUUGUUUUCUCAAUACAACUUAAACUCUCAUAUACAAAAAUCAGACCUAGUCCAACUAAAUUACCAGCUAGCUUUCUUGGUUGUUGUUUCUCCACAUUAUCUAUCACAUAACUUGUUGUUUCUUUCAGCUCCUCCGCCAAAAAAAUAAAGUCAGUAGAAGAUAGUCUAUGUUACUAUAUAUCUUUCCUGCUGCACCUGUAGAAGCUUUGCUGAAGAUUUUGCAUCCAGGUAUAGGGAACACACUUCCUCAAGAUCAGCCUUCCAAGAAAAGAAAAAAGUCGAUCAGGGGAACAGAUUAACAAAGGCCAAAUAUGAUUGAACACAAUAUAUUUGGUGUAGUGGUGCAUACCUUGCGUAUUCCAUCACGACCAUUCAUUCUGGCCACGAUGCUGGCAGGCGAUAAUAGCUGAACAGCAUGCCUGAAGGAGGGGGGGACAAGACAAAAAUCCAUCAACCAACCCACAACAACUAAGAGUAAUAAGAUCUCUAAAUGUACAAGGCGAAUUAAGUUCAAUUGAUGCCAAGCCAAUGUUAGUGGA